AAAGCGUACGCAACUGGGAAUAAAACCCAAGACACUAUUAUUCUGUUACAACUCAAGGAUUGAAUUGAACCAACACCCUUUUACUUGAUAUUAUUAUUGUAACGCUACUUUAAUUAGGAAAAUGCCGGAUGUUCAAGCCCUUGUUAAUGAUUUUGUGAAUCUGCUUAAGAAACGUAGAAUUGAAGGGUCUCAAGCCACAGCAAAGCAGACAGCAGUGUUGCUACGCUCGGUGAUUUCACAGCAGCGGGUGCCACACACAAACCAGGCCACAGUUCUGAUUAAUGCAGUAAGGGCGGUGGGGGAGCAAAUUAUUGAUGUUAAUCCUAUUGAGUUAGCUGUGGGAAAUAUCGUGAGGCGUGUUUUGCACAUUAUAAGGGAGGAGGAUCUUUCCCUUGUGACAGAUGCUGUGGCUGGUUUGGGGAUGUUUGCUGGAAGUGAUGAUGAGGAUGAUGUUGAGCGAGAUGAUUAUCCUGCUUUAUCCGCGGCUUCUGUUGCAGCUGCUGCAAGAAGCACCUCGCGUCCACCGUCAUUGCAAACUCUUCUUGAGGAUGUGACUGAUUCAGCUGUUGUUCCACCAACACCUUCAUCGGGCGGUGACUCUGAAGGGAUAAGUAGAACUCUUGAAAAAGGUUCAAGUGGUCGGAAGUUUAAGCAUGAUGUCAUUGAAGCAGUCAAUGAACUCAUCCAAGACAUAACCUCUUGCCAUGAACAAAUAGCAGAGCAGGCAGUAGAACAUAUUCAUCAAAAUGAGGUAAUAUUAACACUAGGUAGUUCAAAAACAGUGUUGGAAUUUCUUUGUGCUGCAAAGGAGAAAAAGAGAUCAUUUAAGGUCGUUGUUGCUGAAGGUGCCCCAAGAUAUCAGGGACAAGUCCUUGCAAAAGAAUUGGCUGCUAGAGGCAUACAGACCACAGUAAUUGCUGAUUCUGCGACUUUUGCUAUGAUUUCCCAAGUGAAUAUGGUUAUAGUUGGAGCUCAUGCUGUCAUGGCUAACGGUGGAGUAAUUGCCCCGAUAGGGUUACAUAUGGUUGCACUUGCAGCUCAAAGGCAUGCUGUUCCUUUUGUUGUACUUGCUGGGAGUCACAAGUUGUGCCCUUUGUAUCCACACAAUCCUCAAGUCCUACUGACUGAGCUGAGAUCCCCAUCUGAGCUUCUUGACUUUGGGGAAUUCUCAGAUUUGAUGGAUUCUGCAACUGGUUCUGGUUCUCUUCAUGUUGUUAAUCCAGCAUUUGAUUAUGUGCCACCAAACCUUGUUAGUCUCUUUAUUACUGACACUGGAGGGCAUAACCCGUCAUAUAUGUACCGGCUCAUAGCUGAUUACUACUCCGCUGAUGAUUUGGUAGUGAAACAAAGACCUACUACAGGGAGUUGAGUUCAGCUACCCCAAUUUUUUUCCUACAACUGUCGUUGUGAUGCUAUCUGAGGCUGAGGAACCUCUGGAUUGUGACAUAUAUGCAUGAUCAUUUGUGCAAAUAGAAAAUAAAUCUCGUGUAAUGCUGGGGAUUGGGGUGGAGAAAUUAUAACAGGGAAAAUGAUGAGGGAAAAUACCAAGUGAAACUAGGAAAAUUCCAAUUUUUUUGUGGUUGUUGGUUUUACGGUACAUUUUUGUUUACACAUAAAGAAAUGAUAAUAGUUUCUUAGUCGUUAUAGAUAAACAUCUUGUCUAGUUUAUUUCAAUUGUUUAAAAGUGUGGUUGCGACAGUAACUUUUUUUUGUAAGGAAUUUUUUUGGAAACAUAAAUCCAAGUGGAAGGAUUGUCUUGAAA